AUGUAUCUAAUAUGCGGUGACCCAGCAUUACGAGAGGAACUAAUCCGAAAACUUGGUCAUUCCGAAAAUGAGCUCUCAAAUAAGCUCUUCACUUCGUUCUCCGUACUUCCAUCAAUUGGGAAUGUCGCAGUGGUUGUGAACGACAUUUCGGAUGGGAAUCUUUGCCUCGUAAUCCGAUAUCUCCUCGCAAAUGCCGAGAAAAACCUGAAAUUAGCUGUGGUAAAGAGAAGCUGGGACGACACUGACAACCAAAAUCUUGAUGAGGCAAUCCGAACCGAGUUCAGGAGAGCGCAUGAGGAAAUCGAACGAGCAGCUCAGAAAGUGAGCCGUCUUCCACCUGGAUCAUGGAAAAACGAUCGAAUGGAGCAGCUAAAGGAAUGGCAAACUGUCCCAUCAAUGAAAUACGCAAUGUUUACAUUAGGAGACGGCAUAUAUGCUGCUUUGGAAAAAUUCUUCGAUGGAGUGGUACAGUUCUUUGUCAACGACAAUAGUGAAGCAUCACUCCGAACAAAGCCUCCUGUACUUCACUGGACGCCUCUUCCAUUGGAUUCGGAACUUCAACUGCUCAUACGAGUUUCAUUUCCCCUUACUGGACCAGAUAACUCAACAUUCGUCGACAUACGAAGAUCGUUGCGUGAUUACUCCAAUUCUCCUUACGAAUGGACAGAAGGGAUUCUACUUAAUGAUGAGCCAGUACGACUGCAUUUGGAACGGGUUUCACCUACCCGGAUUGAGUUAGCUGCUCGACUUUGCUUGGACGAGUUAGAAGAAGAACAUAUAACUUCACCGUCGAGGCUUCUUUGGCCAUACAUUGCUCUUGCGCUGAAGAACACAGUUAAUCAUCUUGAUGAACACAAAUAUCUUCAGUAUUCGCUGGAGCUCAUACCGUAUGGAAGUUGUUUCUUCGACACUCCUAUACAAGCACGAGUGUUCGAUUUCUCACAGUUCAUGGGAACAGCAUACGAGUACAAUAAAGUCGCUUUUCGGUACAAUGAGAAGCUAUACAAUGUCCAUUUGGAUGCACUCUUUCCUGAUCGUCCCUUCUCGAGCCUCUCUCAGUUGCUAGCAAUGGAGAUACCACAUCCGAAGCGAUCAGAACCGACGUCGGAAUCGCCCGACAUCUUCCGACAGAACAAUGGUGAAGCGAACUUAAAAGACAAUUGCAUCUCAGGCCUCCAUGUAUCUCAUAACAAAGGACGACGAGUUUCAUUCGGUUCAAUCAAACUGAUGAACGAAAGCAAUAGUCCAGCGAAAAACGUUGACGAUUACGUAGACGCUAUGUUAAAACAAACGAUGGAUCACCUUGUGUUGUAG